CGUCCGGACGUGGAGACAGUGUCAGAUGGUGUCGGACACCGCGGCUGCAGAUUCACGCAGAUUCCGAGCGGCUCCAUCUUGCGCAAAUCCAAAAUCCGACGAAUCAUUAGGAAUAGCGUGAGAGCGCGUUAUUGCCAGUUACUGCCGUCGACAGCGACCAUGUCGACGACGUCGACGACAAUGAAAUUGUCCAACGACUCCGAGGAAUAUUACUGUUUCCUGAUGAAGGAGGGCUUCAGCCUUUGGGACCACGAAGCUGUUGUCAUCAUUCCACGCUCGCACAACUAUAACUUGAAGACUAUGCGGACGCAGCUGUGGAAGCUGUUUGAAGUGCCGAGAAACAGACGCAUCUUCUACAUCGACGAUGACGGAGACAAAGUUCCAAUCGAUUCGGAAUGCGAGUUUGACGAGGCGUUGAAGCUCGCAAAAAACGCUUUUAUGGUAAACACAGCAAUUCCGUUGAUUGUGGGUUCUUUUAACAUGUCCACAUUGUUCAGCAACAAGCAAAAUUCUGGAAAGAACAAGACCCGUCCGAACAAAGAGUCGAAAAAUAUCAAUGAUGAUCCGAUCUCGUCCUUUAAUGAUAAAAGUGACGGUUCUGUGUCGGAACCGAAUUUUGAAUUUGACAAACGGAAGCGUCCAACUCAGAAAGUACUAUUGAAUCGAAAGAAAUUAGAUGUAAAGCGACGUGACGAAUCGAGUAGCGAUGUGACGAGCGAGGAACAAACAAAAUUAGAGGAUAUAAAAAUUAAAAAAGAAUCGAAUGCUUCAUUACGUUAUUCAGAGACGGUGGCUCCUCCGUGGUUCAUCAAAUACAUGGAAGCGAUGAAGAAGGACAUGGUGUCUACGAUUACAAAAGAAGUAGUGAAAAACGUGACGGUGGAGCUAAACAAACGCUUAGACUCCCUUGCGUAUCCUCCGUUAAAGGAACUAGGUCAAUCUCGAAGUCAAUCAUAUUCUUCUCUCUCGAAACGACAUCCUAAAUGCUCCUUCGAUUCGAACGAGAAGAAUCAAAAGAGGAUGAAAUCUCAGGAUGAGGAGCAGUCGAGCGAUGCCUCGAUCGAACGUGUGGACGAGCCGCAGAACGUAAACACCACGGAAGAUCUGCAGACAAAGAAAGAUAUGAUAUCUACAAUUAGUCAAGAAGUGGUGAAAGAGAUGACGGAGAUGUUGAACAAAUUUCCCCUGGACAAAGAUCCCCUUACGUCUGUCCCUUCAAAGAGACACGGUCAAUCUCGAAACCAGUCGCAUCUUUCUUCCUUGAAACGAUUUUCUCGAUAUAUUGAUCCACACUCGAGUGAGAAAAAUCAGAGAAAGAUGAGAUCUCAGGACGGAGAGCAGUCAAGCGAUGACGCUUCGAUGGAACACAUGUCGCGAAACGUGAAUAUCGCAGAUGUUUCGCGACAGAAGAAGCUUGAUCAUCUUAUUGAAGAUGCUAUUUGUGCAAGCAUGAAGGAGGAAAAAAGAAAGAAGAAAUAUCAUCAACGAAUGGCUUCAGUAACUACCGAUAACACAAACAGUGACGUCGGCAAAGAGCAAUCUCGAAGUAAUGCGCGGGAAGAUUUUGUUCCUCAGAAGAACUUGCCUCUACACGUAGACCCAAUACCAUACGAUGAAACUAAGGGGGUGUUCGAGAACGAGCUUCGUAUGAGUUGCUCCGUUACUGGGCACCAAAUAUUGGACGAAGGCCGUCGUAAGGAUACCUGGUGCUCUGAUAUCGAUAAAACCAGCUUUUGUUCAUGCGAUCAAGAAGAGGAAGACGACGAUGCUUUCGAGAUUAUCCAGAUGCCUACUUUGGGAAGUAAGGAUGAAUCGCUUACGCAUUCUGAGGAGCCCGCUGCCGAACAACGACGACACGACAGCAAUCGGGAUUCACCCAGCUUCGAACUCUUGUCAGAGUCGCCCUCGCCUACAUCUACAUGCUUCAUGCACUUCAACGAGGAACAUUUCUCGGCGAACGAGGGAAAUCCUGAGCAGGAAACUUUUAGAUAUUUUGACUCGCCGUACAGCUCCAUUUAUGUGACAGAUAUUCACGGUAGAAUCUACACCGAAUAUCAGUUAGCAAAGCUCAAUUGGCAAAGCGUUAACGUUGAUUUGAAAAAACGAAUUGAUAAAGCUCGUAAUUUGUAUAUAACAAACCAAAUUCAAAAUGCUCGCUGUACGAAUCCAUUCAUAGAGCGAUCGAACGAAUGGAAGAAGAACCCUCGAGAUGACGUUGGGUGUGAUACUCGCGAUAACGCGAGCAAUUCGUACGACGACGUGAGAAAUUCGCAUACGAGUUAUCUGACCGUGCGAACUCAUUGCGACUCAAAGUCGCAAUCGCAGUGUAGUUGCCAGUCGCAGACCGAUUUGAACGACUUCACACAAAGCUUCCACUCUCACACCACAUCGGUUACCGACACGACCGACAUUUACACUGAGGCCUAUGGCAACGACAAAUACGACGAGCAAGUACUGACGGCCAAAAACGUACGAGAAGCGGGGACAGGAACAGCAGCAGUAACAGCAACGGCAACAGCGACAGCGACUCCGAAAAACGAUCACGAUAUGCAUUUCGGCAGUGGCUAUAUAAAGGAUGAAAUGACAAAUGAAAGGUAUUACCCUGAUGCGGAUGACUAUCCAGAGGAUUUCUGCACCCCGCACAGUAAUACUACGCAGGGAACUUCGGUUGAUCCUCCGUACCAAUCCACUCAAUCGAGUAGAUCUUCCGAUAGAGCGAGAUCUUCCGAUGAGAUCCAAGGAUCAAGGAAGACAUUCAUUGGCGAGACACUGGGCGGGGGUGAUUCUGUCCACAUUUUACCAGAGCUAGUCACCGUGGCCGCUCAUGUCGGUUCGUUCGCUUAUGGCACUGCACGCGAAGUAUUUGACAAGAUACGAGCACACACGAGAGAGGAUUCUGUUAAACGUCGAGCCGGUAAAUACGUAAAGCGCGACAAUCGAGUUCCGAAGCGCAGCUUCAUCAAUCCCCUGUCUUAAUACUAAUAAAUUACUAAUCGCGAUCUUUUGUUUAUAGCUGAUAUACUAUACACUAUACAGGAUUGCUAAGUAGAUCUAUUAGGCGAUGGGUAAGUACGCGGAUCGGAUUUGCAGGCUCGAAAUAGUAUUGUAUUUUGGUGCAAUCGAAAUGUAUACGGUGUUUCUCAUAAUAUUGGGGUUUCUUAGAUCACACAGUGAAUAAAGUUAAGUUUCGUAUAUCGAUUAAUGUUAAUUGGCUUAUUGAGAAAUACUGAGAAUAUCCAAUUGUUAACAGAAAGAAUUUUAAUGACACUGAACCAGUAGACUGACAAAUUUGGAAAAAAAUUGAAGACGCUGGAAUACUUUAUUUAUACGAGUGAUUCUUAAUUGCGAUAAAGUAGAAAAAUAUCUCAGUGACAAGUCAAGAUAUUCUAUCGAAUAUUACGUGUCUAUUUAUCGGGAAAUUAAGAAUCACUUUGUAUGUAAUAAUAUUCAUAGUGAUAAAUUAUGCUAUGACAUAGAAUGUUAGAAUUGAUCGUAGCUGUAUAAAAUUAAGGAACUGAAUACAUAUAAUAAAAACGAAUAGAUGAAACUGGAAAGAAAAGAGUGAGAUAAUUCGAAAUAGUUUUAGUUUUCGUCUGGAAGAGAUAACAGAUUGUUUGAAAAGAAAAUAUGAAAUUCUUUAUUACAGUCUGUCCGCGCAUAAAUAACAUUAUGGGGGCUAGAAACAAAUUGUUUACUUACGAGGGUAAAUCAAAUAUAAACGAGAAUUUUUUUGUAUUACCUAUUAGACAAAAAAAUAAAAAUAUA